AAUAGACUUAAGCAAGAUGAACAUGUUUCUCUUUCCUUCCUAUGUGUUACUGCUUCUCUUCCUAAUCCUAAACCUACCACACACCACUCACUCUGAUGACAUUGCCAUUUAUUGGGGUUCAAAUGAUGGUGAGGGUAGCUUAGCAGAAACAUGUGCAACUGGUUUAUAUUCCUUUGUAAACAUAGCAUUCCUUGCACAUUUUGGAAAUGGUCAAGUCCCUCAAGUGAUCCUUGGAAGGCACUGUGACCCUUUUGAGGGAAACUGUUCCGUACUUGGAAGGGACAUCAGAAACUGCCAAAAGCAAGGAAUCAAAGUGAUGCUAUCCAUUGGAGGUCCAAGCAUGAGUUACUCUCUUGUUUCCUCUGAGGAUGCUAAGAGUGUUUCUGAUUAUUUAUGGAACAAUUUCUUAGGUGGUGGUGGUAACUCAUCAUCAUCUUCAAGUCCACUAGGAGAUGUUAUAUUAGAUGGUAUAGAUUUUGGACUAGGGGGGUCCCUUAUGACAAAACAUUGGGAAGACCUUGCACAUUAUCUUAAGUCACAUAGAAGAAAUGUGUACUUAAGUGCAGCACCUCAAUGCAUUUUUCCUGAUAGUGCACUUGGCAAAGCACUUGAGACUGGACUUUUUGACUAUGUUUGGAUACAAUUCUACAACAAUCCUCUAUGUCAGUACAAUGAAGGUAAUGCUUCUAACCUUCUUAAUGCAUGGAAGCAAUGGACAACUUCAUUGAAAUCAGGGAAAAUGUUCUUGGGGUUGCCUGCUUCUCCAACAGCAUCUAUAGGCGGAUAUGUUCCUCCCGAUUUGUUGAUUUCUCGGAUCCUGAGUACGGUGAAAACGUCUUCUAACUAUGGAGGGAUUAUGCUUUGGUCAAGGCUUUUUGAUAAAGAGAGUGGAUAUAGUAAAAGGAUUUUGGAAAAUAGUGUUUGCCUACAGAAAAGAGAAACUGAAUGUGGAAGGCACAAGAAUGGUUUUAUUGAACAUUUAGGCUACAUGGCUAAAGAGGGUUUUGUAGCUUCUGAAAGCAAGAGCAUUGACAUGCAGUGUUGUGAGGUUAUUUGCAGGAACAAUUGUUCCUGUGAGGCUUAUGCUCCUCUAAAUUUUGUCAAUAAUACCGGAUGCCAGUUUUGGGGUAAAGGAACAAAGUUUAUUAAAGAUUCUGGUGGAAAUUUCAAACGAGUUUACUUUGUCAAACAUAAAGUGAACAAGCUGUGGAAAUGGAUUGUCAUUGGUGUUGGAGCAGCUGUUGCAGCACUUGUGUCCUGCUACUUAUUCUAUGUUUUGAGGAGAAAGUGCAAAGAAGAAGUGGACAGAAAAAUGAAGCGAAAGGAACUGUUAGUUGAGGUUGGAGGUAAUGCAAUGGGAAAUUAUGGCAAAGCCAAAGGGUCUAAGAAAGAGGGAAAGACAAUCAAUGAGAUUGAAGUAUUCAGUUUGGAAAAUAUCAUUGUUGCCACACACAAUUUCUCCCCUGAUAAUAAGCUAGGAGAGGGUGGUUUUGGUCCUGUCUAUAAGGGAACAUUAAUUGAUGGACAAGAAAUUGCAAUAAAAAGACUUUCUAAAAGUUCAGGCCAAGGCCUAGUAGAGUUCAAGAAUGAAGCUAAGAUUAUGGCCAAACUUCAGCACACUAAUCUUGUGAGGCUUUUGGGGUUCUGCAUCGACAGUGAUGAAAGAAUACUUGUAUAUGAAUACAUGUCUAACAAGAGCUUAGAUCAUUAUUUAUUCGAUGCAAGUAGAAAUAAUGAGCUAGAAUGGAAUAAACGUCUUAAAAUCAUUGAAGGCACGGCUCAAGGACUUGUGUAUUUGCACAGAUAUUCAAGACUAAAGGUGAUACAUAGGGAUUUGAAGGCAAGCAAUAUAUUGCUUGAUGAAGAAAUGAAUCCAAGAAUCUCUGACUUUGGCUUAGCUAGAAUAUUUGGAUUGAAAGGAUCUGAAGAAAACACCAGUAGAGUUGUUGGAACAUAUGGUUACAUGUCUCCAGAAUAUGCAAUCAAUGGUGUUGUCUCAGUCAAAACAGAUGUAUACAGUUUUGGUGUGCUGCUACUUGAGAUUAUUAGUGGGAUGAAGAACAAUAGUUGCAUCCACUCAAAUCAUCCAUUCAAUCUCAUAGCACAUGCCUGGCAGCUAUGGAACCAAGGGAGAGCUCUAGAGCUGAUGGAUCCAUCACUAAAUGAAUCAUUCAGUUCUGAUGAAGUAGAAAGAUGCAUUCAGAUUGGACUCUUAUGCGUACAAGAUCAUGCAAUAGAAAGACCUACCAUGGAAGAUGUUGUUACUUUCCUAUCAAAUGAUACCACCCAACUUGGUCAACCAAAGCAGCCAGCAUUCUUCAUGUAUGUGGUUGCUGGAGAGUCAGGAUGUCCUAAUAAUAGCAAACAAGAAAAUUAUUCACUAAAUCAUUUAUCAAUCUCCACUGCUUAUGGGAGAUAAAUAUUCCUUCUCCAACAGGGUGGCAUGACACCCAUGUUGAUGUUGUAGCAUUAUGGCCAUAUCAGGCUUUUUUUUUUCUUUCUUUUUAUCCAUAGAAAUUGAAUAUGGUAUCAGAGAGUUUAUAAUACUCACACUUUCUAUUCAAA